AUGGAUCCCGGUGGUAGAGGCGUCUCUCUUGUCAAUGCCGUAGCUCAGCACUUGUGGGGCGUGAACAUGGACCACAGCCAGCGUCCGCUGCUCGAGGCAUUCCUGGAAUCGCCUGUCAUCCAUGGGGCGUUGGGCCAGUUCUGGAAGCAGUGCAGGGACAACAAGAUUGAGCUGAAGGCUACGAACUUUGCCCGUUUUGUGGCCAAGCUGGAGCGCCCAACCACCCAAAUUGUCUUGUCUACCUUGAACAGAACCCCAGUGCCUCUGUCCCACGAGUUCUUUGGUUGCGAGGAAUACGGUUCACACCGGCGCUGGACGCUCCGACAGCUGGUAGCCCAGUUUGUCUGCACCGCCGAGGCUUGGCGACGGCUCCAAGAUCAAGACUCCACGUCCAGCAGUCUGGCUUUUGGCCCAAGUGAGCUUGCCUUAGAUUCAGACGACGGUGGCCGCACUGAGGAGGUCUUUACUGGAUACGGCUGUAACGGAACAUCGGACGUGACCGGCGGGCCCUUUGAAAGGUUUGAAGACGCAGAGUUAGAUGCGUGGACAAGCUUCGACGACGAGGACGACGAAGAAGCAAACUGCGUGUGA